AUGACGCCCGUGCGCCGAGCCCGCCACGCAGAUCCCACCGGAAGUCCGUACCCCGACGGUUGGCUGUCGUACCGCCACCGCCGCCGCCGCCUCGUCGAAGGAAACGUACGCGCAAAAUCCGACGUCAGUGGCGGCGCGACUCCAUCUCCAACCACUCUGCCCGACGACGUGCUCUUUGGGAUCUUCUCUCGCGUCUCAGGCUUCACCGACGCCGCGCGCUGUGCCGCGACGUGCCGCCGCUGGGCCCGCGUAGUGGCCACGCGCGCCGCCCCCAUCUGCCGUGCCCUGCCACCGCCCCCGCCCGGUGGAUUCCUUCCUCACCUCGCGAUUGGCGCCUUCCUCCAGCACCAGGAGAACGACGGCGCAAGCCGCCGCCGCCGCGCUCGUGGGGGAGAACCGGCGCAGCUGCGCUUCGUCCCGACGGCAUUUGCCUCGCGGCUCCUGGGCCCGUUCGCCGGCCUCCUGGGCGAAGGAGGCGCCUCGUUCGACAACGCCCGCCCUGUCGCGUCCCGCAACGGCCGCGUCGUCCUCCAGCUGGGGCGCGAGGCGCGCGCCGACGGCCUCACCCUUUGCGUGUGGAACCCCAUGACAGGGGACGUGGCCAUGGUCCCAACCCUCUCCGGCAAGGAAUUCCCAGGCACGACUACGCAUGCGCGAUACUCACCGGCGAUGACCUCGUUGACGACCUGGGGUCCCGAAUGCAAGAAGCCCGGUGCCAAGAUCAGCGGCCACGUGCUCCGUCAGCUAGGCCCGGCCGUCGUGCUCCACGGCGUGGCCUACUGGCCCAUGCAUCGUGCCGCGUUCGGCGUGCGGCUCGGCAGCACGGCGGCAGUGGCGGCGGCGACCAUGGACGUGUGCUCGGUGCCAUACAGAUACAGGUUAACGAACUGGAAGCCGGACGAGUACGUGCUGGGCGUGUCGACGGAUGGGAGAUUGAAUUUUGUGGACAUAGGGAUUAUCGGAGGCCGAGGGGUGCCCAUAAUUUGCUUCUCAACCUCACUGCUUGAGGACGCCGUCGGCUACAAGAGCACCACCACCUCCGUUGAUCGAAGUGACGAGGACAUCUCCAUCGACUUACCCCAGAUCAAAGCGACGAGGACAACCCCCAUGAAGCCGUGGUGGUUCGGUGAGAAGAGUGGCACGCUCAUCUUCACUGUGGAGGAGACGAGCAGCACAAGUGCCGUCUUCGCGUUGAACGUUGCGACGAGAUCACUGGAGAAGCUGGCCGAUGGCGUUAGCAAUCAUACGUGCUGCAGAAGACUGUAUGGUUAUGAGAUGGAUCGCGCUGCGCUUCUUGCCUCGGAAAUUACUGGUAUCAAACAACAAAUGGAGGCUCGGUGGUUAGUCCUUGGGGACUUUAAUAUGAUCUACGGGGUUGAGGAUAAAAAUAAUCAGCUUGUAAAUUUUCGGAUGCUUAAUAGGUUCAAGAACACAAUUGACAACUUGCAACUGGCGCCGCUGGCUCUACAUGGGCGACGCUUUACAUGGUGUAAUGAACAACAGGACCCGACGAUGACAAAGAUCGAUCACUUCCUGGCUUCCGCGGAAUGGUUAGAGAUAUUCCCAAGAACAGACCUUCAGGCCAUGGCAUCCUUAGGAUCGGAUCACUGCCCCUUGUUCCUGCAAGGUGAUAUUUCUUUCGACUUCAGCUGGGGGUUCCGUUUUGAGGCACAUUGGGUUAACAUUCCAGGUUUUUUUUGA